AUGGCGAACUAUGAUUUAAUUCCUCGAAUGAUUCCAUAUCUGGAUAGACAUCUUGUUUUGCCUUUGUUAAAUUUUUUAUCUUCGAAUAAGAUCUAUCCAGAUCAUGAUCUAUUCAAAGCAAAAUAUGAAUUAUUGGCCAAGACGAAUAUGGUUGAUUUUAUUUCGGAAUUGUAUAUAGAAAUUCAUGGAGAUAAGGAAGUACCUUCAGAAGUACUUCAAGGGUUGGAAACACUUCAAACUGAGGCUCAAAAAGUUAUGGAUAUUAUUACAAAUCCGGAAGUAAUUGCUGCUCUUCGUCAAGACAAAUUACAGAAUUUACAUUUUCUCAAAGAAAAAUAUGGAUUUGGACAAUUUCAAUAUAAUUGUGGUAUUUAUGGAGGUGCAUCGGAUAUGUUAUACCAUUUCCGAGUAUUGUCUACAGAUCAUGAUCUCAACUUAUCUGCAUUAUGGGGAAAAUUGGCUUCCGAUAUUUUAGAUUGUAAUUGGGAUGCUACUUUAGAAGAAGUUCAAAAGUUGAAAGAAACAAUCGAUCAGAAGCGUACAUGGUUCAUUCAUUGGUCAAUUUUUGUAUUCUUUAAUCAUCCCAAAGGACGUGAUAGUAUAAUUGAUGUAUUUUUAAGUCCUUUUUACGUCAAUACAAUUCAAACAUCAUGUCCCUGGAUUCUUAGAUAUCUUACUACAGCAGUGGUUACCAACAAACGUCGAAAAAAUAAUUUAAAAGAUUUAAUUAAAAUUAUUCAACAAGAAAGUUAUGAGUACAAAGAUCCAAUUACAGAAUUUAUUGAGAGUCUUUAUGUAAAAUUUGAUUUUGAAGGAGCCCAACAUAAAUUAAAAGAAUGUGAGGAAGUUCUUUCAAAUGAUUUCUUCCUUGUGGCAACAAAAAUGGAAUUCAUUGAAAAUGCUCGAUAUUUAAUAUCAGAAACUUAUUGUCGGAUUCAUUUGAAAAUUGAUAUAAGUGGUUUAUCACAAACAUUGAAUUUGGGUCAAGAAGAAGGUGAAAAAUGGAUCGUUAAUUUGAUUCGGGAUACUCGGGUCGAUGCAAAAAUCGAUUUCAAAGAGAAUACUGUCAUAAUGAAUCAAAAUCAUACAUCUAUUUACCAACAAGUAAUUGAACGUACAAAAGGAUUAUCAUUUAGAUCUCAAGUAUUAGCCUCAACUAUUGAAAAACGUGAAGCUCAUCAAUUAACUAAUGCUAUUGAAUCUGUAACAGAAUAG